GCCUCUCAAAUCAAGGAAAGGAAAGGAAGGCCCUGCCAUCAGUAUAGAGGCAGAUACACGCACGCACGCACGCACACAAUGUCUGGCCGUGGCAAAGGAGGCAAAGCGAGGGUGAAGGCAAAGUCCCGUUCCAGCCGUGCUGGAUUGCAGUUCCCGGUCGGUCGCAUCCACCGCCUGCUCCGGAAGGGCAACUAUGCCGAGCGGGUCGGUGCCGGGGCCCCAGUCUACCUGGCGGCCGUCAUGGAGUAUCUGGCUGCGGAGGUGCUCGAGUUGGCGGGAAACGCUGCCCGUGACAACAAGAAAACCAGAAUCAUCCCCCGUCAUCUGCAGUUGGCCAUCCGCAACGACGAAGAGCUGAACAAACUGCUGUCCGGCGUGACCAUCGCCCAGGGCGGUGUCCUGCCGAACAUCCAGGCCGUUCUGCUGCCCAAGAAGACCGAGAAGAAGACGACGGCAUAGGCUGGGCAGCAUUCCGCUCGCGUCCUCGCGUGUCGACCCAACAUCAAAACCGUCCUUUUCAGGACGACCAUAUCCCAUUCGCCCCGCUGGAGAGUUGUUUCGAGACAUGUUCUGUUAGCCCACACAUUGUUCGAUAGAGGAGUUGGUGACAACAUUCUGUCGAUGAUAGUUUUGCUGAGUAUCGUUUGGUUGCUAAAGCCCAGUUUCGUGUUUAAAUGAAAUCGCUCGAGAAAUGUCUUGACCGAUUCCUAACAGUGCCACUUGAAUUGUCAUUUCUUCGGUACGCAACUGCGUACUGCGAUCAAAGAAAACGAAUUUCUCGGGCAAUUCAGGCACGUGCAUCACGAUAGGCCGCGAUGUGGUCGGAUUCGAUUGCUAAUAAAUUGGCAUAAGCUACCUGAAACACACACUUCCACGCCGACAUUCGACAUUGACGUAAUAAAGCUGACCGUUCCGUCGCCGUCUGGCAGACCGAGCGCCGUUGGUGACAACAUUCUGUCGGAUGAUAGUUUUGCUGAGUAUCGUUUGGCUGCUAAAGCCCAGUUUCGUGUUUAAAUGAAAUCGCUCGAGAAAUGUCUUGACCGAUUCCUGGCAGAAACUUCCUAACAGUGCCACUUACUUGAAUUGUCAUUUCUUCGGUACGCAACUGCGUACUGCGAUCAAAGAAAACGAAUUUCUCGCGCGAUUCAGGCACGUGCAUCAAGAUAGGCCGCGAUGUGGUCGGAUUCGAUUGCUAAUAAAUUGGCAUAAGCUACCUGAAAACACACUUCCACGCCGACAUUGACAUUGACAUUGACGUAAUAAAGCUGACCGUUCCGUCGUCGUCUGGCAGACCGAGCGCCGUUUAUCACAUGAGGCUAAUUCUGUCCGACAAUCUAGUCUAGGAUAUUCGUGUUAACUCUUCCGUGGAACGAUUUCGGUGGCCCUGAAAAGGGCCGUUUGUAAAAGGGGACGAGAACUUGCUGGCGCGUCCUCCAAUUUAGGCGCGCUCGCCCCGGAUGCGUCGAGCCAGCUGGAUAUCCUUGGGCAUGAUAGUGACUCGCUUGGCGUGGAUAGCGCACAGGUUGGUAUCCUCGAACAGGCCGACCAGGUAGGCCUCGCUCGCCUCCUGCAGGGCCAUGACGGCCGAGCUCUGGAAGCGCAGGUCGGUCUUGAAGUCCUGGGCGAUUUCACGGACCAGACGCUGGAAUGGGAGCUUGCGGAUCAGCAGCUCCGUCGACUUCUGGUACCGGCGGAUCUCACGCAGAGCGACCGUUCCCGGCCGAUAACGAUGGGGCUUCUUGACGCCUCCGGUGGCGGGGGCGCUCUUGCGGGCGGCCUUGGUGGCCAGCUGCUUACGAGGCGCUUUCCCUCCGGUGGACUUGCGGGCAGUUUGCUUGGUGCGAGCCAUGGUAGCACGAAAAUUGUCGAAACACGUCCAAUCCGACCGAACGCACGCGACAGAAUGAGGCCGGAGGCCCGGGCUGCCGGUUGGUUUUAUGCGCGUCGCAUUGUCGCCGGCCAGCCAAUCACAAGCCGGCAGAAACGGCACACACGCGUCAUAAAACCGACCAACUGUGAGCGGUGCGGGCAUCAGUUCCACAACAACCGUUGCCGAGCGCGGACGCACUCUCCAAGCACUCACUCACUCACUCGUGGCUCAACCUCGCACUCGCUAA